AGGAGCCUCUCCCCGGCGAGCGGCCUCCCGCCCGCCCUCCGGUGCCCAGCGUUGCCUGCAGAGCUGCGGCAGCACCGGCGAGUGACUGCGCGGGGGGAGGAGAAGAGGAGGAAAAGAAAUCGGAUUGCCGAAAGGAUUAGGAAGCGGGGUGGGGAGGCGAAGCUCUCUCCUCCCGUCCCUCCCCGCACACACUUGUGAAGCUAUUCAGAGUUAUCCUUCAGCAUCAGUGGCGGGCGAGCCCGGGGGAGCCGCGACCGCGAAAGGUGCUCGGCAAACUGCAAGAACGAUCAGAGGGAGCGGAGCGGCCCGGGCCGCCGGACCCUGCCUCGGCCCCUGUCCCAGCCCGCGGGGCACCUCACUUCCCGGCUCCAGUGUUUUAUAUAUUACUCUUUUUUUUCUAAGUUUUCCCCUGCUCCUCUCGCUUUCUCGGAGGACAGGAUUUGGAGCAUUGCGGGCGGGCGUGCUGCCGGACCGCCUGCCCUGGACGUGCGAGGUGGGGAGAGAGGGAGGGAGAAAUGCCUCUGAUUAGAGGGCAAGUCGUGCUCAUCCUCAGUUUCGUCUUCCUGACAACUUUCGUGGCUGUGGUGAGAGGACUACCCGUGAGGAAACACCGCAGCAACAGCCCGAAGGAGAGGAGCUCCAAGCUGGCGGAGGGCUGUCUGGCCAAGAAGAGGAUCUCACUUUCCCAGAGCCAUCUCGCCCUGCUGUGGAUCUCCAGCUUGUGUUGUCACCCAGGUCUGCCCUGUGUGGAGCAUCUUGUUGCGCUGCCGCCUCGUAAGGAGGGCCCGGCUGGGGUCUCUGCCUCAUCCAACCCUCGUUCGGCAGGGGAUGAGGAGCUGCCACCAUCAGGCAAGGCACGGGGGCUGAGGCGGAGCGGGCAGGCUGGCUCACGGCGGCACAGGCGUCGUGGGGUGGCUCAGCAGGCUACCAGGAGCCCAGCAGUGCCCCAGCCCAGCAGUGCUGGCCAGGAGGAGAGCCUGCCCUUCAUGCUGAACCUACAGAGCUUGCCGGGGCUGGCCAAUGUGGACCUGAGUGCCCAGAACCCCAACAUUCAGGUGACCAUUGAAGUGGUGGAUGAUCCUCAGGCCGAGAUGGAGAUGGACUUGUUGAAGGAGACAAGAAAUGACUGGUCUCUGACAUCCUCUGAGUGGUUGUCCCACAAGGACCUGUUCUGGCCCCUCUUCUGGGAAUACACUGACCCUGCCGAGGGGGGGGAGGAGGAGGAGGAGGAGGAGGAAGAGGAAGAGGAAGAGGAGGAAGAAGAGGAGGAAGAGGAUGACAACCUGGAUGUAGAGGACAGGGAGGAAGAAGAAGAGGAUGAUGAUGAGGAGGAAGAUUACACAGCAGAGUAUGAGGAGGAAGAGUCCAUGCUCAGUGGAGUGGGAGGUAAUUGGGACCAGCGAUGGCCUGGGCAUAAGAACUGGAUCUUUAAGGAAAAAUAUAAUUACGACUAUGAAGAUGAGGAUGAGUGGAGCCUGUGGUCCCCUUGCAGCACUACCUGUGGCAGCGGGAACCAGAAGAGGACCCGGUCCUGUGGUUAUGCCUGCACAGCAACGGAGUCGAGGACCUGUGACCUGCCACACUGCCCUGGUGCAGAAGGGGAAAUGGUCUUCCCCACAGAAGAGACACCUUUCAGAAGUGACAACACCACAGAGCUGUUCAACUCAGAGGUAGACAGCUGUGAGAAGUGGCUGAACUGCAAGAGCGACUUCCUCACCAAGUACCUGAGCAAAGUGCUGACGGACCUGCCCAGCUGCCCCUGCUCCUACCCACUGGAGGCCGUCUACAGUGCCGUCAACCUGCGGGAUGAGCAGCAGGGCAAGAGCUUCCGAUGGCGGGAUGCCAGUGGCCCCAAGGAGCGCCUGGACAUCUACAAGCCCACAGCACGCUUCUGCCUGCGCUCCAUGCUCUCCCUGGACAGCACCACCCUGGCUGCCCAGCACUGCUGCUAUGAUGAGCACACCCGCCUCAUCACCCGCGGUAAGGGGGCUGGCGUCCCCAACCUCAUCAGCACUGAGUUCUCCCCGGAGCUGCACUACAAAGUGGACAUGCUGCCCUGGAUCCUUUGCAAGGGUGACUGGAGCCGGUAUCACGCUGUCCGGCCCCCCAACAAUGGGCAACAGUGUGCUGACAACCCCACUGAGGAGGAGUACCUCUCCCAGCUGCAGGAGGCCAAGGAGUACUAGCCACAGCCACUCUCAAAGGAGCCACUGGCUUGUACCCCUGCGCAGCCUGGCGAGCCCUGGCCCUGCUCAUGGGCUCCUCAGUGGUGCCAAGCAAAGCGGGGAGGAUGCACCAUCUGCCUAAACCCCUCAGAGGGGUGCCUCAGCCCCCCUCAGAUUUCUGAGGGUGCCGGAGGUUAUCAUAGUGCAAUCCCUGCCAUGCCACCCAGGGCAGUCCUGCAUUCCAGGGCUCCUGGGCUGGCACAUGGGGAGCAGUAAGUGCUGGGAGGUGUAAAUGGAACAAGGGGCUGCUCCUGCCUGCUUUUGUUCUCUACGACCUUUCAAUGCAACCUGAAAGCUGAGCACAGGGUGAAGCAGGCGCAGCUCCUACUGGCUUCAUGACUUGUCUGAGGAGCUGGUGAGGCAUGGCUGCCUGCUCUUGCCUGUGCACCUGCCCUGGCACACACUGGAUUAUGUCUGAAACUGGGGUAGGUCCUCUAGAGAGCACAUGGCUGUCCCAACCAUGCAUACAAAGCAGGGUUUGCAUGCUCCUCAGGUUUGUGCAUGCACAGUUGAGAAGGAGCAGAGAAAGGCUUAGCAGAGUCCAUAGGCCCAGGAUAGGUGUGGGGCAGGAGGAGACUGGCUGCCUGGGCUCCCUUGGCAAGAUUGCCUUGUCACCAGGGUUUUGGUUGCCAAAGCUAGACAUGGGUGGGCCUCAGAGGAGGUCAUCACAGGGGAUGCACCACCUCUGUGCAUUUUAGCCCCUCUGCCUUGGUGCUUGGGGGAGCAGGGUGGUAGCACCCGUGCAAGUCCCAGCACUAGCCCACUGUCAGGCCUUGGUGCCCUGGCAGCCCCCAGAGGAUCUCAGUGCUCAGGAGCACCUGUGACACAGCCCAGAAGAAAGUCCUGUGUUUCCCACUCACAGGCCUGCCAGAGACAGGAGACACCUUGGCCACUGUUCAUGCCAUUGCUGGCGAGGAGCAAAAAGCACCGAGUCAAGUUCUCCAUGGGAAGAGGAACAAGUCAGGUGCCACUGGGAGCAUCCAGCAUUGGCCCUCUCUGGUCUGCUGCUGGACACGGGCCCUGCUCCAUGCUGUCUCUGCCCAGGUGCCCAGCAGGAGACAGCCCAGGGAAAGCGAGUCACAGGCACACCCUGCGCCUCUCAGGCUCGCUGCUGGGUCAGGCUCGCAAGUGUGACUCCAAAGGAGGAACACACACAUGCUAAUAAUGUCAAUACCUGGUGUCCACAGAUCACGAAUCAUGAAGCUUUCUGUUGGCACUUUGGUCUUGCCUGGGUUUUAUUCAGCUUUUCCCAGGUCCGUGGCAGUGUGUCCCAGCAUAUUUUGUGAGUUUUUCUGCAAAGAAACUAGUCUGAGCACCUUUAUCCCUGGACAUUCAGUUGUUGAACCUGGCAGAAACUUUACAGCUUUCAUUUGGAAAAUUUUAUGCAUCAGAGGAAAUAAAAGAGCAAGUCAAGCACACAUAAAGACGAAUGGAGUCAUUUCUAGACUAGAAGUUUCACCUAAGGCUGUUAGCUACUCCAUGUGUUUGUGCAGGACACUGUUGGACCAAAAAAAUAUCUAUCUGGUUGCAGAGGUCCUUGGCUGACCAUCCUGUGCUAUGUCUGCCCUUCUUGCAGGAGUUUUCUCCAGCAUCAGUGAAUAUCCAUGAUCUGAAAGCAAUCUGGGGAGUCUUUCUGGGAGCAUCUUUUAUAUAUGCUGAAUGUAUGUCGAUCCUUUUGCCUUGGUUACUGGUAGAAUAUUGCAUCUUUGGUCAUCAGUAGCUAAGACUUCCUAGCUGGUAAAACAAAACUAUUAAUGAAGUUAUCACUGAAUUCUUCUUAUUUAACUAUUAUUCCACACUUGUAUCCCUAGACUCUAGCUGUGGGUUCUAUCAAAACAUAGGCAGGCAUCAUCCAUUUCCCAACAGGUAUGCAGUCUGAGAUGAGCAGUGUUAUGUAAGUAGUAAGAAGGAAGACAACCAAAUAAGCAUGAUGAAGACCUAGACCCUGGAAAAUUUUCAUGAUCGUUACAUGUUCCAGUCAAAAUGGUCAUUUGCUCGCUAGUUUCUGCUAAAGAGGUAGGUCAUAAAGAGGUGGUAAAGAGGGGGUGGCAGUGGUCUGGUGGCUUGAUUCUGGGAGCCUGGGAUGCGUUCAGGGAGCCUUGUAAAGAGACACAGAGGCUUUUGUAUGGGAAGCAAACAAACUGAGUGGAUGAGGCCAUGGAAGGAUGAGCUUGUUAUCUUCUGUCAUUCAGCACAGCAUCUUCAUAUUUCCUCUCCCAUACCAUAUGUCAUUAUAAACAUCAUCAGACUCUCAGAGGAGCUUAUUUACCAUCAGUGCUGACUUCUUUAAAACAACAUCCUGUUGAAUGUGCCUAGUGUUCUGUAUUGGACCCACACAUGGAAGCAGGACUUCUGCAAACAGCCUUUCUUGAAGGAGACUUGCAAAAGCUCAGCCAAUUUGUUUGUUAGACUGGCUACUCUCUAAGGAAGUGCUCUUACAAUAAGGACUGUUAUUCAGGCUUUGCAUUCUCCUCCUCUUUAUACUGGCUAUGUCAACCAGUCUAGUUCUGUAAUAACUGGAGUUCCUGUCCAAGGGCAAGUAGAAAAAUUCCUUGCAUUGACAGUCCCCCACUCCCCGCCUCCCCUACAAAAGCUAGUUGAGAGCCAAGUAGCUAUUCUGCUUCGCUGCCUCUAUGGUUUAGACAAUAUAGGCAUGAACUGGAGCAUGAGAAACAAGAAGCAGUGUUGUUCCUCAUACGAGCACCUUACACAUCAGGAGGCUUUGCAGAGCACUUUGAGAAAAGCAGACAUUAAGCAAGCGUUUGUUUUUAUAUCCCAUCAAAGAUUCUGUCCAGCUCACUGCUGUUUAAGUGAUGAGUCUCUAAGGUUUUAUUCCUUAGGUUUAUUGUGGGUUUUUUAUAUAUAAUAUAUAUAAAAUGUCUUUUAUUCCUACAAAAUUUCAUAAAGAAUAAUUCUUUAUUCUGAUGCUGCAAUAAAGCACUUCAUAUAUAUAUAUAUAUAUAUACACAUAUAUAUAUAUUUAUAUGUCACGCUGAUGUCAUUCAGUUGGGACUGGAGCAUAUGUUGCUAUUCAUUUUGGUUGAGAGGGAUGACACUGUAUUGAACACUACAUGUCUUGGGUUCCCAGUCCUAGUUGGCUUUGAUUCCUUUCCUUAGGAUUUAUAUUUGGUGAUGUCUGGCUGCAAAAAUCAUAGGUAACAAAGACUAUCUGGAGCCCACCACCACAGCCAUGGGA